AUGAUCCUCGAGCCGGUUCAGGUGUUCCCGCCGCUACCACAUCUUUUGGUGGACUCAAGCGGUGGUCAACGAUUCCUGGUGGAGCGUGUUUUGAACCACCGUGACGUUAAUGGCGUCCGUACGAGCUACCUCGUCUGCUGGCGUGGCUGUCUACCGGCCUAG